AUGGUCGUUGGCGGGCAGCUCCUUGGAGCCUUGCCCAGCCCGUCGUCGCCACGACCGCCAUCUACGCCCACGUCGUCGACCACGUCGACCAUUGCCGCGACCACAGAUCUCGACGACGACGACGAUGAUGAUAAUCCUCACACAAUAACGACCCGCAGCAGGGCGCGGACCGCCUCAGCCGGCGCCGGCGCCGGACUCGCGUCGCCGCCCCGAUGUCGCCCUCCAAGGUACACGACGACGACGACGACCGCAACGUCCAAGGGCAGCAGCCUUCGCAAUGAUACCACCACCACCGCGGCCGCGGCCGCCACUACCGACACCACUCCCGCCGACAGAAGACCGCCUGUCCACCCGUCGAUGCUCCAGCCGCGCGUCGCCGUCGUCCUCAACGUCCCGCCCAUGUGGCACCCCUGGCUCUUCGCAUUGCGUCUGCUGUCCUGCCUGCCAGCCGCCUGGUGGGGGCUGCCCUCGGCGCUGCAUCUCCUGCUGCGCUUCCUCCCCCGGCCCGAGCACGACGCUUUUGCCUCGCUGUACCGCGGCGACGGCUGGUCAGAGCCGUACGCCUUGACGGAGACGGCCCUAGCCACGAUAUGGUCUUUUGCCUGUGGUUAUCUGUCUUUUUUCUUUACCGAUUGCUUAAUGUCUAGAUGGCUCAUCAAUUAUACCCCGCAAGCCACCAUCGUUCGCCUCCUCACUAUCGACGUGAUAAACGCCUACCUCACCCUCACGACCCUUUCCCUCUGUGGCGGGUUCCAGGAUCCGCGUCUGCUGCUUCCCGGCUGGAUCGGCAUCGCAACAACACUCACAGUGUGCUACCACAUCAGCCACCAACGCAUCAACAUCCGCAAGGAGACAUCCACCUCGGUCAAUGUCUUCUCCAUCGCCAGCUACCUCAGUAUGGUUGCCCUCCUUGCCCACUUGCUAGCCUUUCAGCCCGACUACCCCGCAAUGCCCGUCGUCGUCCGCGCCAGGCGUUUCUGGAACGACGCGCUGCACUACGUCGCGCAGGUCAAAGGCACCAUUGAGCGCGAGAGGGCUGAGCUGUAA